AAAAAUGAAACGCAAAAAUCAUCUCCAACCAAACCCCCCCACAUCGGUUCUUCCCAGAUAACUAAACUCAACACGUCACCCCCCAACAAAUCACAAUGCUCCUCCUCCACCCCGCCACCCCCACCACCUUCACCACCUCCUCCUCCUCCUCUCUCUCCUCCUCCCCACUCUCUCUCUCCAAAUUCCCCACCCGCACCAACCUCCCCACCCUACACUCCUCUCCUCUCUCUUCCCCCCAAAAAAUGAGCAGCUGGCUAGGCAAGCUCGGCUUCGGUGCCCGCCUCCCCACCGAAUCCCCCACAGACCCCUCCUCCUCCUCCAUCGCCCAAUCCCCCGACGACGAUACCCCCGCGGCGGGCCAGUUGUUCGCCCAAUUCGGCGCCGGGUGCUUCUGGGGCGUAGAACUGGCUUUCCAGAGGAUCCCCGGGGUGACCAAAACGGAGGUGGGGUACAGCCAAGGGUACGUGGACAAGCCGACGUACAACAACGUGUGCUCGGGCACCACAGGGCACUCGGAGGUUGUCAGGGUUCAGUAUGAUCCCAAGGAGUGCAGCUACGAGGCCUUGCUCGAUGCGUUCUGGGACAGGCACGACCCCACCACGCUUAAUCGCCAGGGGAACGACGUUGGAACCCAAUACAGAUCUGGAAUAUACUUCUACACACCCGAGCAAGAAACGGCUGCAUUGGAGUCUAAAGAGAGACAGCAGCAGAUCUUAAACAGGAAGAUUGUUUCAGAGAUUAUGCCUGCAAAAAAGUUUUAUCGAGCUGAGGAGUACCACCAGCAAUACCUUGCAAAGGGUGGUCGAUUUGGCUUCAAGCAAUCUACUGAGAAAGGCUGCAAUGAUCCAAUUCGAUGCUACGGCUAGGUUGCUUGCUGUUUAAGGGCGAUCACCACCAGUGGCAUUGCUCUGGUAUUGAGAUAUAUGUUUAUUAAUAGGCUUGUGAUUGUACUUUAUUGGUACGGCUGACGUAUCUUAGCAUGUGUUUUGGAUUGGUGCUUCAUAGGAGCAACUUAAGUAUGCCCCUGCUAAUACAGACUUGAUUCUAGUAAUUUUGUGUUUCAGCUUCAGCUUUGUGCUCAUUUGUCGAGUUAGUUAGGGUUGGCGCACUCAUGCAUUUUGCAUAACUGUCUUCGUGGGAUAUUAUGUAGCCAUGUAUUGUCAUUUUAAUGAAGUCAAUGCAGUUUCCCUUCUA